AUGGCUCAAAUAUUUUCGGCACCAAUAGAAACGAAUGAACCAUUUUCUCUUCAGAAGAGGGAUAAUGCUAUAUGUCAGACAAUCGUCAACGGUUGCCCGGAUCUUAAUUUCGGAUAUCAUGCAAGUAAUACAAAUACGUUACGGUAUUAUUUAAAUAUAUUAAAUGUUCUUUGGGUACAAGAUAAUUUGUAUAAUAUUACUAUUAACGUCAAAGGUGAAAAACAAAUCCCAAUGAAAUACUUACAUUCAUUAAAGAUCAUUGGAGUGAAAGGCCCUCAAGGAACAGUCCAAUUAUAUGGUGGCAAUGAAGAGACCUACCUCAUUGAUAAUCCAACUGAUUAUACUGUUACAUUCCAGAUUUCUGGUGGUUCUCCAAAAGAUGAAUGUAAUGUUUGGUUGCCAAAUUUCCAAAUUCAAUAUGAAUAUUUACUAGGUGAUGCUGCCCAAUAUGAAGAUACAUGGGAGUGGGGUGCGAAUGCAUUCGAUUUGGGGUCAGGUUGUGACGACUUCGAUAAUAUGGGGAACUCUCAAACUGACUUCCCGGGAUAUUAUUGGAAAAGCAAAUGUAAUGAAGAGUGUCAGGUAAGCUCGCCUUCCUCUGCACCCUUACCAUCAACCUCAACUACUAGGAGUCCCCCAUCCUCAUCAGUCGAAACAGUGAUCACUUCACAUGAAACAUACCCUUCAUCUUCUUCACCGGCAUCUGUGGAAUCAUCGACAUUUUCACCUCCAACGACUAGGAGUCCCCCAUCCUCAUCAGUCGAAACAGUGAUCACUUCACAUGAAACAUACCCUUCAUCUUCUUCACCGGCAUCUGUGGAAUCAUCGACAUUUUCACGCUACACACCUUUCCCAAGUUCUACUAUUGUUUCUUCUAGAUCCUCUUCACUUAUCCCAUCGAUUGACACUUUUAGCUAUCAAACAGUUCCAAGUACAAGGCCUUCCGAGCCUUCGAGUUCAGAAAUCGAGCCACCUACAUCGUAUACUACAGUAUUGUCAAGUACGGUACCAGCGCCACCACAUUCUGAAUUUUCAUCUCCUACAAUAGGUCCAACCUCAUCACAAUAUCAGUUUUCCUCGCCUUCAUUUUCUGACAUAUAUAGUAGUGAUAUAGUAUUCACCACUACAAGCAGCUCUGCAUCAUUGUUUACUAUAACAACAACAACUAGUUAUUUAUCGCCAUCAUCACCAGUUGUACCAUCACCAUUACCACCAUUUUCCACCACCUACCUAGUUCCACCCACAUCUCCAACAACAACAUCCGAAAAUCAAAGUACACCUUCUUCAUAUUCUUAUUCCACAGGAAGCCCCACCUUAACCUCAACCUUAACCUCAACCAUGACACCACCUACUUCCAAUAUAGUACCACCAAUCACCCCAAGUAUUAUAUCAGAAUUUAAUGGUAAAGGUAAUGUCCUCGAUAAUAGUAAGAUGAAGUGGCUGGUACCUUCAGCGUUUAUUUUUAUUUUUAAUUUCGUUAUUUAG